GGAGAACUUCUCAACCCCUGGUGUUUAUACAGUUGUAUCAGUUUACAAUUAUUAAUUUAUUUUGGCUUCGGGCAUGGGUAAAGCUACAUUCCGAAACCAUAGCACCUCUUUGGAGUUUGAAGUUACCUUGGUUAUCUGGUGUGUGGGGGACAAUAAAUGUGAUUUGCGUGGACUUAUGACACCAGGCUCCAGAGAGUGGCGGUGUGUGUCACUGGACUGGGACUCACCGCGCUACCGUAAUUGCUUCUACUGCUGUCUCUAGCUCCCCGUCUGACAGCUGCUGCUGGGGAGGAGGUGUGCUAUAACUUCAUGAGCGCCUCACUGAAUAUGACGACGAUACAGUUCCGACACCAACACAUUUACUACAUCGCUUCCUGAACACACACAACACGCUGCUUGUAGGUAGUUCUCAGGAGGACAUGCGGUGUUCUUUGACUAAGGUGUUGGUUGGGUCCCUCCUGCUGCUCACCGUCUACCUCCUGGGCCGGUCUGACCUCCUACUGACGCGACCGGGUGAGAGCGCGUCAGAGCUGACCUGGCCCCUCGCCAAGAGCGAGGGCGCUAGUGCAUCCUGGGUAGACGGGGGAAACUACCUGCCGAUCAACGUGUCCUACCUGUUGCUGGCUGGAGUGCCCGCAAUCAAACAGCGGUUCCUUACGAUCGGUCUGGCGUCGGUGAAGAGGAAGAAGGGCAGCUACCUCCUGCCGACCCUGGCUUCCCUCUUCUCCCAGUCGUCCUCCACAGAGAGGGCCUCCAUGGUGGUGGUGGUGCUGCUUGCUGAAUUUGACCCUGUGUGGCGAGGGGCGACGCUGGACGAGAUCAGAGCUGCCCACCCCUCCGAGUUGGACAAGGGCCAGCUUCUAGUGAUACACGUACCGCCGCAGUUCUACCCACCCCUUACAGUCCUGAAGAGGAACUACAACGACGCUCCGGAGCGAGUGUCCUUCCGCUCCAAGCAGAACGUGGACUACUCGUUCCUGAUGCACUACAGCAGCAGCCAGGCCACCUACUACCUCCAGCUGGAGGACGACGUCAUCUCCGCCCACAGCUUCCUCUCCACCAUCCACAAGAGCAUCCAGGAGCGCCAGGCGGUCCACUGGGCCCUGCUGGAGUUCUCCAGCCUGGGCUACAUCGGGAAGCUCUACAAAGCGGCAGACCUACCCCUCCUGGCCCGCUUUCUCUUCCUGUUUUACCAGGAGAUGCCCUGCGAUUGGCUGCUCACUCACUUCCGCGAGCUGUUGGUCCAGAAGGAGCAGAUCCUUAUCAAGCCCUCCCUGUUUCAGCACAUUGGGGCCUUCUCCUCCUUCAAGGGCAACGCCAACCCGCUGAAGGACAUGUCCUUCGAGAAGGAUGUCUACUCCAACCCUGUGGCCGACGUGUACAGCGAUAUAUCCGUGUACAAGGACCACGUGCCCCGGCUGGCGUGGGAGGCAGGGGAGGGGUACUUCUGGGGGCGCACACCGGUGCUUGGAAGCUAUCUGACGGUGGUCCUCAGAGCGCCGGCCGUGGUGACCAGUGUGAGGGUGGUGACGGGCUUUGAAGGGAAGGACGUCCUACUUUUUGCUGUGGUGGAGCUGGGCCAGAACGUUGAGACCACAGUGAGGGGGGAGAAGAGCUGCAAGGACUUCCGGCCAUUGGGGAUCAUGAACAAUGGAAUGUUUGAGAAGAAGGCUCUGGAGAUGGAGUUUGGCUCCUCUACUUCCUGUUUACGGUUGCGAGUCACCGGAAAACAUAAAGAUUGGAUAGCAAUUAUGAAAAUUCGAGUCACUGUCAAGACCGAUCUGCACACCAGCCUUGUGAAUGGGAGCUGAAUUUGCUUGUUUUAUUAUUGAGCUUAUGAUACAGACUUGGAUAUAUAUUUUAUAGUUUUAUAAUGCAAUUUCCUAUGGCAUCCUUGAGAGAAUCUCACAGCCGGGUGUCUGAUGGGUGAGAUCCAAUUUAACCAUCAAUAAGCUAAGCUGUGUCCCCAACAUGGUUGAUCAAACAUUGAAUAGUUUUGUAUUGAA